AUGACUUUAAAUCCCAUGUGUGAUACUGUUGAAACCGUUCAUGGAGUUCCGUUAACUGUAACAGGAGUAGCUCAGUGUAAAAUAAUGAAAGCUGAUGAACUUUUACAAACAGCAUCUGAACAAUUCCUUGGUCGAACUACUAUUGAAAUUAAGCAAACUGUACUUCAAACUCUAGAAGGUCAUUUAAGAGCUAUAUUGGGUACUUUAACAGUCGAAGAAGUGUAUAAAGAUAGAGAUCAAUUUGCAUCUCUUGUAAGAGAAGUAGCUGCACCUGAUGUUGGUCGUAUGGGGAUUGAGAUAUUAUCAUUCACAAUAAAAGAUGUUUUUGAUGAUGUUCAAUAUUUAACUUCACUUGGAAAAUCACAAACUGCAGCAGUGAAGAGAGAUGCAGAUAUUGGAGUUGCACUUGCCAACCGUGAUGCAGGUAUUAGAGAAGCUGAAUGUGAAAAGUUGGCAAUGGAUGUAAAAUACGGAACAGACACAAAAAUUGAAGAUAACUCAAGAAUGUUUAAGCUUCAAAAAGCUAAUUAUGAUAUGGAAGUUAACACUGCAAAAGCUGAGGCACAGUUAGCAUAUGAAUUACAAGCUGCCAAAAUAAGGCAAAAAAUCAGAAAUGAAGAAAUACAAAUUGAAGUAGUUGAACGAAAGAAACAAAUUGAAAUUGAAGUACAGGAAGUUGAACGUAGAGAACGAGAACUGAAUUCUACUGUUAGGCUGCCCGCUGAAGCUGAAAGUUAUCGUGUUCAAGCAAUUGCUGAGGGAAAGAGAACUCAAACAGUUGAAGUCGCAACAGCUGAAGGUGAACGAAUUAAGAAAAUUGGGCUUGCUGAAGCAUCAGCUAUAGAAGCCGUUGGUAGAGCUGAGGCUCAAGGUAUGAUGUUGAAGGCAAAUGUAUUUAAACAAUAUGAAGAAGCAGCCGUUAUGUCUUUAAUUAUGGAUGCAUUACCAAAAAUUGCUGCUGAAAUAGUCGCACCUUUGUCUAAAACUGAGGAAAUUGUACUAUUAAGUGGAAAUAGUAAUGUAACAGCAGAAGUUAACAGAUUAGUUGGACAAUUACCUCCAGCUGUUCAAGCUUUAACUGGUGUUGAUUUAACUAAAGUCUUAUCAAAAAUGUCUGGGGUAAAAUAG